AUGCCCAACGACGCGACCAUCGGAGGCGGCGACGAUUCGUUCAGCGAGACGGGUGCGGGCAAGCACAUACCAAGGGCCGUAUUCAUCGACCUGGAGCCCACGGUGAUCGAUGAGGUGCGGACCGGCACCUACCGCCAGCUCUUCCACCCCGAGCAGCUCAUCACCGGCAAGGAGGACGCGGCCAAUAACUCCGCCCGGGGUCACUGCUCCAUCGGCAAGGAGAUCGUGGACCUGGUCCUGGAUCGCAUCCGGAAGCUGGCCGUUCUCUGCACCGGACUGCAGGGGUUCCUCAUCUUCCACAGAUUCGGGGGCGGCACCGGCUCGGGCUUCACCUCCCUCCUCAUGGAGAGACUCUCCGUCGACUAUGGCAAGAAAUCGAAGCUGGAGUUUUCCGUCUACCCGGCGCCGCAGAUCUCCACCGCAGUGGUCGAGCCCUACAAUUCGGUGCUGGUCACCCACUGCACCCUGGAGCACUCCGACUGCGCCUUCAUGAUGGACAACGAGGGCAUUUACGACGUGUGUCGGCGGAACCUGGACAUCGAGCGCCCCACCUACACAAACCUCAACCGCCUGAUGGCACAGUUAGUGUCGUCUAUCACCGCCUCGUUGUGCUUCGACGUCGCUCUCAACGUGAGUUCCAAACCAACCUGGUUCCCUACCCGCGCAUCCACUUCCCGCUCGUCACCUACGCUCCCAUUAUUUCUGCAGAGAAGGCUUACCACGAGGAACUGUCCGUCUCCCAAUUGA